UUACUGUAUCACACAACAGGGACAGUUAGUCAGCCAUGUCGCACAAAGGUCACUCAAUUGUUACAAUAGAGUCCUUGGACUCAGGCUUUGAGCCACGCACAUAUAGGCAGAACUCCCCGCUAGAUUGUUUCACUAAUGCAUUGGUGCUUUUGAGACCAUACUUCAAGGUAGCCAAUCGAAGAUUGCCACAUAGAGUCCUGUCAUCCAUGGCACCCCCUUUGUUUUUCCCAGAGUUCAGACGUGUCUAUUCUGACCUGAAAGGCCCAUUGUUAAUCAUGGUAUCCCUAGCCACCAUCCUUCUUUAUGGCCUGUACAGCCCUGAGCGGACACUAUUGUGGGACCUAGCAGCAACAGCAAAGCUAACUGUGGGAUACUGGCUGGGUCUGUCUAUGAUGGCCUUCCUCCUGGGAUACUUUUGCCAGACAAACCUCACAUUGCCACAGUUCCUCUCUAUCACGGGUUACAGCCUUACUGGCCAUUGCUUUGUGCUGCUCAUUGCCGAGGUACUGCACCAGGAGGAGAACCAUGGAGUUUUCUUCUUUCUUACAAUAGUGUUUGGGGGGCUUGCCACUGGAAGGCUUGUUAUUAUCAUCCUGGCUAGGACACCUGGGCCAGCACAGCGCCUUGUAAUGUGCUCUGUUCUGGCCUGUGUCAAUCUCAUGCAUCUUAUCUACAUCCACUUUGCUUGCAUGAGGAAUAAGUUUCAAGUUUAAUUUUUUUUUUCUCUUUCUCUUUCCACAAGUGGUUUUGAGUAUUCAGAUUUAUUUCACUCUAGAGGAAUUUAAUGUUGCGUAACUCUUCAUGAGACAGAAUUGGUAACAGAUUUUAAGCCUUACAAUGAACUUGUUUUUUUAAAUUUUAAUUCAUGCAAGAGAAACCUAUGUUGAUCUUGUUAUUUGUAUAAAGGACGACUGAACAUUAAACAAGCACUUUGAUGUAGUUCUGCCUGGAAAUGACUGUAAAUAUGCAAAAAGUAAUAAAAAGAAAUGAUUCUU